CAGUCGUGAAAAUGCCUUCCAGCGGUAAGUUUUAAUCAAGUCAACUUAGGAGCCUCCAAACGACGCUCGCGUAAGAUUUUCUUGGACGGAAUGUUAUAGAUACUUCUUUUAAUAGUAAUUCCAAUUAGGAGUGGAUAUUCAAAAGUUCGGCUCCGGAUCAUGGGAAUCGACACGUAUUUAACGAAAAAGAUACUUUUUAGUAGUUUUAGAUAUAAAAUCGAUUGUGUAUCGGUCGGAAAAACAGCCGAGCGGUAAGUGAAGUGAAAACUGCCACGAAAUAGAAGGUGCACAUGUGGGACAUUUUAUCAUGAAGCCUUAGAUAGUUUCGUAUUUGCGUCUUAUGCAGUGGAACAAAAGUGUCUCCUCACUAAAAAAAUAAAUAGCGAUGAAACGGAAGCAGCGGCGCUAUAGGACUACUUUUAAUUCCCUUCAACUACAGGAGCUUGAACGAGCCUUCCAGCGAACGCACUAUCCAGACGUUUUCUUUCGGGAGGAGUUGGCGGUACGGAUCGAUUUGACCGAAGCUCGGGUUCAAGUCUGGUUUCAGAAUCGACGAGCAAAAUGGCGGAAACAGGAGAAAAAUUUGAUCAAAGGGAGUAACAUGGACAUGAGUGGGGUAAAUUAUGAUAACAACGGGAGUGGACAGAAUUCUGUGCAGCUAGCAAGUAAUAGUGGACUUAUUUCAGAACCAUCACUAAAUCAGCACUCCCUCGACCCUGAAUCAAAAAUUACACUUGGUCCACUUUCACCUGGACGACUAUCUCCGAACAUCUUUCUCAACUUAAACAUUGACCACUUAGGAAUGGAUCGUAAUAAUUUGACCUUAGAAUGGUCAAGUUUUCCACCGACACAUCCGCAAACGCUUCAACAUCCUUCACAACAGAUGCAAUCGCAUCAACAAUCCCAGGACCAGAGCCUUCCUCAGAGUCAGAUGAGUGGUCCAAAUAGCUUAAACUUGGAUAGUUCACCUUCUUCUUACGAUGAAAUAAAAUUUCUGAAUGUGGAUCAGUUCAGCAUGGACAACUUUAAACCUGAUGGCAUCCUCAACCUGGACCAGAGCAUCCUGGAUGAAAAACAACAGAGCCUAAGCUUGGAUAUGCCUUCCUUUUCCUUAUCUGAGCCACCGAAGACACCGCCUCUGAUGGAUCUUGAUAAGCCAAUUAUUAAUAUUAAUGUUUCGGGAAUUCUUGACUUAGAUGAUAAAUUUUAGUAAAAAUAGUUAUUUACGAUACGCAAUCUUAGUUAGUAAUUAUUUUUUAGAUUAUUUUUAUGUUAUAAAUGAAACACUCAAAGGUUUUGUUGCAAUUGGAAUGAUUCAGUUACCAUUGUUAUGGUUUGCCGCAAUAUUGUUGUUUCUUCUAGUGAAAUUGAUAUAGAAGCAAAUUCCCUAACAUAUCCUUAAUAAAUUGUGCAAUAAUCAGUUAUUAGCAGAUAUUAUUUGAAUAAUAGAUUGACGAAUGUGUUUAAUUGUGAACUCCCCUUUCUCCACUUUUGUGGAAAAGUCAAAUAAGUGAAUUUGUUUUGAACAUGUUUAUGUGAUUCUGUCAUAUCGAAUUAAAUGGAUACAGAUAAAAUAAAGUGAAGAAUAAAUUUAUUAAAUAUAAUA